AUGGACACUGUGAACAGGUGCAAGAUCUACUCGCUCGCGCGGUUUGUCCAUCCCCGGCAACACUCGUUGGACUGGUUGGCCCCCGGCACUGCCCCCCGAAAAAGCGUGCACGUCGUGCACGUCGUGGAGCGCACCAUGGGCGAGCUCGCAGCCUGGCGCCCGCGCACGCUCGCACGCUUGCUGGAGGGCGGCGCCGUAGUGAUUGUAGACUGCGUCGCGGUGUGGGGGCGUGCUGUAGCGCAGCACGCGAGUUCCGGCCGCAUCCACUACGUCCGCGACGCCGGCGUGCUGAGUUUUUCGGGUCUGUUGGGCUUCCUCGCGCAGCUCGCGGACGCCCCCGCGGCCACGCUGCGGCGGCGCUGUCGAGCGCCGGCCACGGCGCCCGCGCCGCUGGCCGCAGUCGUGCUGGACAAUAUAUCUGCGUACCGCGCGCCGCCGGCGGCGCUAGGCGCGCUGCGGCGCGCGCUGGAGCACCUGCAGCUCGCGCACGGCUGCGCGGUGCUGACGGUAGGCUACGGCAUCGAAUACUACGAGGGCGUGGAAAGCAGCUUUCCCACGCGCGCGGGCGAGGUGGGGCCGUGGCCGACACGGCUGGACCACGCGUACCUGGCCUCGAUGGACGCAGUGGUGGUGCCAGCGACGGAAAAAGUAACGGCGCCCAGCGCCGACGCUGAAAAAACGCGGACGGCGGGGCGCGCAGCUGUCCCUCUUCCACCAGGCCAGAGCGAUGUCAGAUAG